UUCAAGAGGGAGCUGGUUGGAAGACCCUGAUUCUAAAAGAGAAGCUGGCAAAGAAUAUAUAAUGUAUAUUAUUACCAUUUUUUGGUUCAUCAAAGACAUCAGAAGAGGUGGUCAGUAGACACCUAUAUUUUAUGCAGGUGUUAUUACGAGUCAUUGUAGGUCCUGUUUCCUGGAUUUGUUGUACAGUAGAUAAUGUUGUCAUCAUGGGGGCAUACUUUUCCAAGAUUGAAGUUGCAGUACAAGCCCUCAUUUUAGCCACGGGGGUUGGUGUCAACUUCACCGACGUUUUCGAGUCCAGCUGGGCACCGGACCAUAUUGCUGUUGUAGGAGACGAAGUUACUCUCUCCCUUGACAGCGCUUCUGGCUGCGGAUUUGAGUCAAGGUUCAAAUAUUUGUUUGGGAAAGCCAGUGCACAGAUCAAACUAGUUGAAGGAGAUUCAGCUGGAACAGUUAUUGCAUUUUAUAUGUCAUCAGAAGGAGCUAAUCACGACGAACUGGACUUUGAAUUUCUUGGGAAUGUUUCAGGGGAACCAUACCUAGUACAAACAAAUAUCUACGUGAAUGGCAGCGGAGAUCGAGAGCAGAGGCACGGUCUGUGGUUCGAUCCAACAACGGACUUCCACACUUACUCUUUCUUUUGGAAUCAUCAUUCUAUCAUCUUUUCAGUUGAUGAUAUUCCAAUUAGAGUAUUCAAAAACAAGGAGAAAAAAGGUGUUCCAUAUCCGAAAAAUCAAGGCAUGGGAAUCUAUGGAUCGUUGUGGAAUGCAGAUGACUGGGCUACACAAGGAGGGAGAGUGAAGACAAACUGGAGCCACUCUCCAUUUGUUACAACAUUUCGAUCGUUCGAGAUCGAUGCUUGUGAUUUGUGUGGUGAGGACACAAUUGCUGCAGGUGCAAAAUGUGGCAAGUUAGCUAAAUUUUUGUGGGAUAAACCAUCCAAGAAAGGGCUAGAAAAGAGCAAAAAACGCCAAUUCAAAAUGGUUCAAAACAAGUACUUGGUGUAUGAUUAUUGUAAGGAUACUGCAAGAUUCACUCAAAUGCCUAAAGAGUGCUUGUACUAGAGACACCUCGCAAUAUUGUACUUUCUAAAAAUGUGUAUCCAAAUUGCUGAUCAAAAUUUUCUUGUUUGGCUUGUUAUUUGACACUCUUUAACAUUUAAGACAGUUCUAUGGUCAAAAAAUAAAUUCAAUUGUGCUA